AACCAGCAUUAGUCCUGCUAAAGUGACAUCGAUCAUCUGAUAAUAAUAAAAAGAGUUAUCUGGCGACAAUUUCCCUUUCUAGCUUUUUUCUGAUAUCAGCAAGUGUUCAACCAAGGAAUGUGUAAAAGUUGGUAAUUAUGAUGGCUAGCAUGUUUGUCAUUGAGUUCCACUCUGUAGAAAACAAAACUGGACUCUGAAGUAUCCUCACAGGACGCUGCGUUGUAAUGACCUUAAAUUUUACUUUUAGUCUUACAUUCAAAAUAAAACACUUAUCAGUUAUUAAAGAAAGAGGUCAGAAAGGGUAUGUUAUCAGUCCAUUUCAGUUGUCUCCUUCCAGAUAUUUCCCAAAAGCCCAAUAGGUGUAGCCACUAGGAAGAAAGACACAUUUUUGAUCUGCCCUCUCAAGCGUUAAUAACCCCAUUCCACUUGAGCCCUUCUCUUCAUGCCAUUGAAUUAAUGAAGCAAACAGGCCAGGGCACGGCGCUUUCCAAAUUGGACAGCACUGAUGCACCGGACUGUCAGAGUGAGAAGCAGCCUAUGCAUAUUCAACUUUUGUAGGUGCUCUGCUGGAAUCCGUUUAUCAGAGUUAGGAUCCAUUCCUUGCUUUGCCUGCUGGACAGUUUCCUCCUCGCAGAUCCCACUCACAACACUGCAGGCUCAUCCCUAAAUUAAAACAGUGUUUCAGGCACUUUAUCAGCAUCACGCUUGACUCUGUCAAAAUGAGAGAGUCCUUCCAGUCUAAAAAACUACAGCACAUACACAUCGCCAAGUCUUUCUGCUCUGCUAAAAUAUGUUUUUCACGGAUGCCAGUCCAUCCAUGGGUUUUGAAGGGUUCUUUCAAGGGCAGUGGUUUGUAGACACUGGCCACCUUCCUCCCUUCUCUCUAUUCGAAUUGUCCUCAGCGUUGUGUGGAAAUUAUCCCAUCGCCAUAGUGUGAGGUCACCACUGGAAACACAAAGACAUCUCAGUCUUAUGUGAUAAUCAAACCAUGGUCACCAUCAUCAUUGGGGUGCUUCGCAUCAAAGGAUAUCAUGCUAUUCACGAGAAGCAUCAGUUGGUCUAGGUCAUUUCAACACAUUAGCUGAUUCACACUGUGUUUCAAUUUCCAGGCCUUCCACAGCAUCUGUCCACAGGCCUGUGCAGUACCUAUCCCAGUCCCCCUAUUACGUCUUCUAGCUCUGUACUAAAUGAAAGUCCCCUGUAAAGAUAUUUGGACCAGACAUAAACUAUGAGAGGGUCUAGCAGCUUCUACCCUUAAAAUGUAUUGCUGCAACUUUCCUUACUGAGGACUUGGCAACAGUGGAAGCAAUGUCUGGCUCCAAACAGGAGAAUUUUAGUCUCACUGCUCUGACCCUUUUUGGAACAAACCAUAAUACCAACGUACAUAAGUUAUGUACGCAGUGUUGCUUAAACAGUCACAAAACGGUCAGCAAACCUACAUUGCUGAAGUCUUACAACAGAGCAAAACAGCCAGUUCAAAUGAUGGUUGAAUGUACAUAUGAGAUCAUUUGAUAUUAAAAACAACACAUCCAUUCUACACACUAUGAGGCUUUGGCGUCACAGACAGUUUGAGAAACUUUACUGAUGCAGGAGCAAUGUCUUGGAUGCUAUCUGGCUGAAAGUGAUUCCCUUCCAAUUUAUUCUCUCACUGACAUCACCAUGGAACAUGUGAGCAAGGAUGUUCCAUGUGACACAUUUAGUGUUGUGACCACCGAUGGAGGCCAGGCAGCGAAUCUAAAAUGAAACAGAAACAGAAAAUCAAUGUCAAUAUCUUAUAAUUUACAGAAUGUUAAGAUUCAAACAACCCAUCAAAAUACAGAUAGAAAAAUAUUAAAAUACUCCUAGGAGAAUGAGACAUAUAUUGAUGGUCAAUAUAAUGUAGUCAAUCUUAGUGUUCUUUUAUUGUAAUCUGUUGUAAAACCAAGACUACAAGAAUGUUUUCCAGUUGCAGACUUCUCAGAAAACCUAUACAUCAGCGCCCACUGUAUAGGUUAUCUGAGAUUUCAGCAAACAACUGAGUAGUUCAUGAAAAGCAUGAUUUAAAGCAUUGGAAUAGUCUGUGCAUGUUAUACUGCUUUUCCACUCAAAUUAGCAGGUCAACACAGGUUUUUUAAAAGCAGGUCAAUCCGCUAAAAAUCGUGUGUUGACCCCAUUCACGCUUCCCACACUUGUUUUGUACAAAUCAAGACCAGUUAAACAUUUUUUUUUCAUCUGUCGAGACCUGUUAAAACAUUUUUUCAUGGCUGAAAGCUUUUGUAUCGAGACCUUUUAAAAAAUAUUUCUUUUCAUUUAAUGAGACCAGUUAAAAUCUUUUUGUUGCAUGUAUUGAGAUCUGUUAAAAAAAAAAACAAAAAAAAACCACAACCCCUUUGAACUGUGCGUCUUACUUUGCACCCAGAUUAUCUGCCCCACUACCCUCCUUGCACUUUAAGGGUGCAGUGCAACACCGCACUGUGGCUCAUCUGGCGGUGUGGGAGUGUUACUCCAUGGUCUGUGUGUGGGGUGUUGGGAAUCUCAGCUGAUCAGUUUGCCGAGAGGCGAAGCUGCUAUGGUGUUAUGCAAAAACAUUCUGGUCCCAUCUGUGAUUAUUUGGCCACAUUGAUGGAUUACAAGCUAACAGUAAGCAACCAGGACGCCAUGCAGACCAUUACUAUGUGAUUUUAAAUAGGGAAGAAAUCCAAACCAUAAGUAAACAACAGGUAAAACAUAGCACCACACAGAGAAAUGUUUAUUGUGUUGCAUCUGUGGCAUUUAGCCAUGCUAAACAACCUGCCCAGCUAAGCUAAAGCAUGUUGGUCAUACAGUGAUCAUUGGCAUCCACAGAUAUGUUUUAAACUGGUGUUUAAUGCACUGAGUGAAUAUACAUGACACACUAUGUUACAUUACAUUACACACACUGUAUUUUUAGUCAUUCAUUCUGCCAGCCUAAAUACUAGCUUAUGUGACUGGCUACUGACAAGAGUCCUUAUCACAAAUAUAUCAUCUGCUGUAAUACAUAUUUACUGUACUUCAAUCAUGAUACUCUCCUAAUUGAAAUGUGUAAUAAGAUAAAACGAUGAAGGGAUAAUUGGAAUGCCAUUAGUUCACUCAAUAAAGCAUACGGCUCACAUUGUUAGUAAUACACACAGUCAUAAUAGUAUCUAUAGCAGCAAUAAGAUAAUUGCAGAUAUGCAGCUUUCAUUCUGGUCGGUCCAUGUGAAUUCUCAGAGGAGUGUUGGCUUUACGUGGAUGGAGGUGGAGGGCUAGCUCUCAGAGGCACCUCUUUACUCAGUGUAAAUAAUAAUGGAAUGUGAGCUCAAAUACAUGUCAGUCCACAUUAAGUGGGGCCAUGCAGCUUAGGCACCAAAUUAUACAAACAACACACAGUGAAUACAUCGACAAAGUAGAAUUCUACUCCUGAAUGUAGGUUUUGUCCAUUGAUGAAUGAACUUAACUGUAUUUCUUGAAAUGUACCUUACUGAGCGCUAUGUAGCAGCCUGCCACAGAUUUAACUGUUAGUUGCACCCAGAUAAAUGUGAGCCAGCAUACAAGAAUAAACAAGUGGGCAGGAUUUCAAGGCCUUGGAGUAGCCCAGCAGUUAUGAAGACAAAUAUUUCCCCUCUGGGCGGGGAAGGAAAGACAGAAGGCGGGGAAAGGUGAGUUUGGAGUGGAGACAGAGGGGGCUUUGUCCCCUUCUCUGACAGGUCAGCUCCCCCAAUCUUCUCCCCCCAUUCCUCUCUCCCUCUGGAGCUUCCUCCCUAAAUCCCACCUUCCAUAUCCCUCGUCCCCCUGCGCCUCCUGGAGUUCACACAAACCUUCUUACUUGAGAGAUGCCAUCGCUUCUCUGCCAUUCCCUCCUGCUUUUCCUUGCUCAACAGUGCUUCAGCAAGCCUCAAAACAAUGGGCAGCUAGCUUCUGGAGACAGGAGGGCUGCGGCUGAAAGGCGGCAGUUCUGUCAGUGGCCCUGCAAAUGUCAGCAAAGACCAUAUUGUGCCCCGGGGGUGAGCUCUGUCCUGGAUGGAUGUGGCUGCUGCAAGAGCUGUGCCAGGCAGUUUGGACAGCCCUGCAAUGAGAGGGACAUCUGUGACCCACACAAGGGAAUGUACUGCGACUUCUCAGCUGACCAGCCAAGAUACGAGGUUGGAGUAUGCGCAUACAUGAUGGCCAUAGGCUGUGACCUGAAUGGUGUCCACUAUAAGAACGGAGAAGCUUUCCAGCCCAGCGCCCUCUAUAAAUGCACUUGUAUUGCUGGAGCCAUUGGUUGUAUCCCUGCUUUCAUCGAGAAACCUGCUGGACUCUUAGACCCUGCCUCGCUGAUGGGCAACAUGCCAGCCGGACUUCACAGUGCCCAGAGCCCAAAGAAGAACCAGCAGGACACUACCUACAUGUCAGCUUACAGGGAUCCUCCUUUAGCCUGGAAGAAGAACUGUCUGAUCCAGACCACUCCCUGGAGCCCCUGCUCCAAAACCUGCGGCCUGGGCAUUUCUGUGCGUGUCAACAAUGACAACAGCAAGUGUGACAUGAGGAAGGACCGACGCUUGUGUCUGCUGCGGCCAUGUGAGAAGAGCGUGAUGAAGAGCGUUAAGGUGCAAAAAGGAAAGACGUGCCAGCCUAAUUUCCAGGCAAAGAAAGCAGAGAAGCUGACACUCUCGGGCUGCACCAGCACCAAGAAGUUUAAGCCCACAUACUGCGGUGUUUGUUCAGACAAGCGCUGCUGUGUCCCUACCACGUCACACAUGAUCAAGGUCAACUUUACAUGCAAAGGGGGCUCCAACACACAGUGGAAGAUGCAGUGGAUAAAAGCAUGCGUGUGUCAGAGGAAGUGCAAUGAUCCAGGUGACAUGUUUUCUGACCUGAGGUUACUCUAACGGAUCCAUCAAAGAAGUCCAGCG